CUCCACCCCAGUUCUCCGUACUCUUCAGGUAUGAGUCAUGUGGCAGAGGAAGAUGAGCUCGGGCUGGACCAGCAGUUGGCUGGCCUAGACCUGAACUCUCCCGACGGCCAGAGCGGAGGAGCAGGAGCAGGGGGAGGAGGAGGAGGAGGAAGCACAGCCAGCAAAGGGCGCUACAUCCCUCCUCACCUGCGGAACCGGGAAGCCACGAAAGCGUCCUACGACAAGGACAGCUCACGGUGGAGUAAAGACAAGGAUGCCUACAGCAGCUUCGGCUCCCGCAGCGACGCCAGAGCCAAGUCGGGUUUCUUCGGGGACCGUGGAAGCGGAUCCAGGGGCAGGUUUGAGGAUCGCGGGCGGAGUGACUAUGAGGGCGUCGGCGGCGGAGGUGGCCGUGGAGCGGGUAGGAGCGGCUUUAGCAAAUUUGAACGGGGCGGGAACAGUCGCUGGUGUGACAAGGCCGACGAAGAUGACUGGUCUAAACCGCUCCCGCCAAGCGAACGCUUGGAGCAGGAACUCUUUUCUGGAGGCAAUACUGGGAUUAACUUUGAGAAGUAUGAUGACAUUCCGGUGGAGGCGACAGGGAACAACUGCCCUCCGCAUAUCGAAAGUUUCAGCGAUGUUGAGAUGGGAGAAAUUAUUAUGGGAAACAUCGAGCUCACUCGUUAUACCCGCCCAACUCCAGUGCAAAAGCAUGCUAUUCCUAUUAUCAAGGAGAAAAGAGACUUGAUGGCGUGUGCACAGACAGGGUCUGGGAAAACGGCAGCUUUUCUUUUACCAAUCUUGAGUCAGAUCUAUACAGAUGGUCCAGGCGAGGCACUGAGGGCCAUGAAGGAGAAUGGGAAGUAUGGGCGUCGCAAACAAUAUCCAAUCUCCUUGGUCCUGGCCCCAACCAGAGAAUUGGCUGUGCAGAUCUAUGAGGAGGCCAGGAAGUUCUCCUACCGCUCUCGAGUUCGUCCUUGUGUGGUGUAUGGUGGCGCUGAUAUUGGUCAGCAGAUUCGAGACUUAGAACGUGGAUGCCACUUAUUGGUAGCCACUCCAGGACGGCUAGUGGAUAUGAUGGAGAGAGGAAAGAUCGGACUAGACUUCUGCAAAUACUUGGUGUUAGAUGAAGCAGAUCGGAUGUUGGACAUGGGCUUUGAGCCUCAGAUACGAAGAAUAGUUGAGCAAGACACCAUGCCUCCAAAAGGUGUCCGCCAUACUAUGAUGUUUAGCGCUACUUUCCCUAAGGAAAUACAGAUGCUGGCUCGUGAUUUCUUGGAUGAAUAUAUCUUUUUGGCCGUAGGAAGAGUUGGGUCUACUUCUGAGAACAUCACACAGAAAGUCGUGUGGGUGGAAGAAGCAGACAAGCGGUCAUUUCUGCUUGACCUCUUGAAUGCAACAGGAAAGGAUUCCCUGAUAUUGGUGUUUGUGGAGACCAAAAAGGGUGCAGAUUCUCUGGAGGAUUUCUUAUACCAUGAAGGAUAUGCUUGUACCAGUAUCCAUGGAGACCGAUCUCAGCGAGAUAGGGAAGAGGCCCUUCACCAGUUCAGGUCAGGAAAAAGUCCUAUUCUCGUGGCUACAGCAGUAGCGGCAAGAGGACUGGAUAUAUCCAACGUGAAACACGUCAUCAAUUUUGACUUGCCUAGUGACAUCGAAGAAUAUGUGCAUCGCAUUGGCCGUACAGGUCGUGUCGGAAACCUUGGCCUUGCCACCUCGUUCUUCAAUGAGAGGAACAUAAAUAUCACCAAAGAUUUAUUGGAUCUUCUUGUUGAAGCAAAGCAAGAAGUGCCGUCUUGGCUAGAAAACAUGGCUUUUGAACACCAUUACAAGGGUGGCAGUCGUGGGCGGUCUAAGAGCAGAUUUAGUGGAGGAUUUGGUGCCAGAGACUAUCGACAAAGUAGCGGCGCCAGCAGUUCCAGCUUCAGCAGCAGCCGGGCUAGCAACAGCCGCAGUGGUGGAGGCAGUCACAGCAGCAGCAGAGGGUUUGGUGGAGGUAGUUAUGGAGGCUUUUACAAUAGUGAUGGCUAUGGAGGAAAUUAUAGCUCCCAGGGGGUUGACUGGUGGGGUAACUGA